AUGGCAGCUAAGACUAAAAUUGAGACAGAAAAGCUAAGAGGGAGAAAUGCUGCUUUGGCUAUUGCUGCGGUGGUUAUCGUGAUUGGUGUCCCUUUAUGGUGGAAAACAACAGAAACGUACAGAGCCUGGCUGCCAAUCUCCCAAAUAAAUGAUCUCGACUCUUUACAGCUCCAGUUAAGUGUUGAUGUCGAAGUGGUGUUCUCACGAGGAACGUUGAGUCCAGAGCAGCAAAAAAGAGUCCCGUUCAGUCAGACCAGAGAGAGUGAGCACCAAGUGGAUGCUAAGACAGGGCUACGGUACAGAUAUGAAACCAAGUAUCGUACAGCCACCAUAAUGGAAGAAGAUGCUCUGAACCAGCCCACUGCUAAAGAGGCAGAUCUCUCUCUGCACACACUCAGUGAGAGUGCAUGUGGGUCUGUGGUUGUGUACGUCAUUCCUGAGACUUCCACCUUGCUACCAGCUGAUGUGAAAGUCUACGUUGGUCAGUGGCGCACCGCCCUCCUUCGUGCUGCUCCCUUUCCACCUGAUGCAAGUCUGAAGAAGGUUUUGUCAGUUCUGGAGCCUGAGGUGAAGCAGGUGGUUGAAACAACGUCCUUUAACCACCAGGACAUUUUGGCAGCCCUGAGCGACCGCAUACGCAUCAGGAAACUGAGCAAGGAGAACCUGGCCGACAGCAUGAGGGCUAUCAAGUCCAGUCCAGGUUAUGAAAUCACCUUCAGUUUGCUGAAUCCUGACCCGAAGUCUCACAACCUGCACUGGGACAUUGAGGGAGCCGUUCAAAACUACAUUCAGCCUCUUUUAAACAGACUGACUCCAAUAGCUAACUUCUCAGUGGACUCCCAGAUCCUGUACUAUGCAGUUUUGGGGGUCAACCCACGUUUUGACAACAGUGUGUCAGCAUACACACUGAACGCAGACAGCCUGGCACACGUCAUUAAUCCUGUCGAAGCCAGACUAGGCUCAAAUGCUGCAUCUUCAAACCCUGUGCUGAAUUUUCUUCUCUAUGUGCCUGAUGCCCACCGUUCCCCACUUUUUAUUAGAGACCACAGCAAGAGGGAGGUACCCUCCAACGCGUUCCACAGCCCACGCUGGGGGGGCAUUAUGGUGUACAAUGUGAAUGAUAUGUAUGGACCUGAAGCACAGUUUCCUGUGGAUAUCAAUAUUAACAUGGCCAAAGUGAUGGGUGUCUUCUUGGCACAGUUAAGGUUGCUGCUGGGAGUACAGAGGACUCAACCUCCCCCCGGUUUCAUUUUGCAGAGUGCAGGCAGUGCAGGUCUGACGGACUGGGAGCUGGACCGGCUGCUGUGGAGCCGCAGUGUAGAAAACGUGGCCACAGCCUGCACCACUAUUACCUCACUUACCCAGCUUAUUGACCAGAUCGGCAACAUAGUCAUCAAUGACAACAUCGCCCAACAGGUCUCCAGUGCGGUGAUUGCGCUCCAGGCUGCUAUGGCCGAGUUGGAGGCUGGGAACCUGGCCUUUGCCCUGCAGUACAGUAGGGAGGCCAUUUUGGCUUCUGAGAGGGCAUUUUUCGAUCCCUCCCUCUUGCAUCUGUUGUAUUUUCCUGAUGAUCAGAAGUUUGCUAUUUAUAUCCCAUUGUUUUUACCAAUGUGUGUGCCCAUUGUACUUUCACUGCUGAAGAUUGUUAAAGAGAUUAAGCAGAAACGUGCAGACAAGCAAGCCAAAAAUGACUGAGAGCAUUUGCUGCACUGGGUGGCUAUGAUUAGGAUUUAUAUGCACUGAAGUGAUUAUGUUUGGCAGAUUUCUACAGUCCAACACCAUCAUUGUUUUCUGUCUUGCAUUAUAACUAAUUUAUUUUUGAAACCUUUAAGUAUCCUAAAACUGAACUUUUGAACUGAACUUCUGCUCAGUUUUUUUUCCCAGUUAGAAGGAAAAUUUUAGUAACUUCAGAUUAAUUCCUUUUGUAGUGUGAAAGCACCAGUAACCAGUUGGAAAGACGAUAAACAUGAGAAUGUUCCCUUGUUGCAUGCGGAACUAGAGCCAAUAUUUACUGAUUGUAUGAUGUUUAGGACGUAGCCUGGCUACCUAGAAUCACUGGUAAUCAUUUGUCACAGUUUUUCUACAAAUAGGUUACACAGUGCCCUAAAAGUAUUUAGCAUCAACCCUUUUGUUGUGGAAAUGGUCACAACCUAAACUGCCAUACUCGGAAGCGUAAAAAAAGAUCCCCGUUAAAAGCUACCACCAGCAUAUUUCACAGUAGAGUGGUUUAAACUUGCCUAGAAUUUUUAUCCAGAUGUUUCAUUUGAGUCUUAUUGUCUCUAACUAUUUGCCAUCUCACUGGUGAGCCUCCUAAGUGAUGCUUUACAUGUCAUGUUACUUUCACUAAGAGUUUUUGUUUUGCAACUCUUUUAUAAAGGCUCUGUUUGUGUAACUCAUCAGAUGUUACUAACUCAUACACAGUCCUUUCAGUCACAGUCGAUUUCUUCUGUAACUCAGUCCGUGUUGGUGUUUCAAUAGCUGUUUUAAUGAAUCUGCCUGUCUAGUCUGUUAAACAACUUUAGAGGCCUGACCUAGGCAGUGUGGCUGGGUUUCUGCUACUUCUAUAUGAUGGACUAAACUAAACUCUGAAAUAUAAGCAGCUUUGUAAUGUUCUUGUAUCAUUUUCCUGAUCUAAAGAGAAAACAAUUCAAGGUGAAAAGUCAGUUUUUCUGCCAUAAUAAUGGAAACUAGUUUAGUAAUUUAGUUUCAUUUUACACAAUGAACUCUGCUUAUAGAUCAACUGGAAAACAGUAAUAUACAGUAUUUAAAAUGUGAAAUAUUAGACAUGAUUUUUAUGUUUUACCACUUCUUGAUUAAGGUUGCAGUGGGUCCAUAAAAUUACUAGGUGCAAUGCCUAGAGUAUGAAGGACCUAAAUACCUUUUCCCCCAGACAUAGCCAAUCAUAUCUGUAUGUAUGUACAUUGGUCUGACCAGGCAAUAGCACCAGUGGGGUUUCGAACCCUGUUUCCUAGCAGUAGUGGGCUAGCGUAACUUACCGCUGUGCCACCCGAGUGCCCCAAUAUUGAAAAAUGAAAUAUAAAAAAGUAAUGCUAAAUACUUUUUAAGGCACUGUAUUCUCCUACUUUUUUUAAAUUAUUUUUUAAAAAUUGUUUUACAAAAUAAGCAUUUAUGUGUACAGUUGGGUCAUCAAUCCCCACCAGCAUCUCUACCACCCCCUUAUAUCUGUGUAAAACACUGCGUUUAAAAUUAUACAAUGCCAUUUAAGUGCUGAUAUUAUUCCAAGUACAACAAAAGAACCUGUGAGUUCCAUUAUGUUGGCAGCUGGGAUGAUGAAUACAAAGUAAAAGAUAAAUCCAACCUUAAAGCCGAUGUUCUUCUAUUGUUGGUGUCUAAUGUUACAAUGGUUUUACUCUAUUUAUAAGUUUUAUAUAUUUGAAGCGGCUAGGACUGAAAAAGUUUCACAGGACUGUCAUGCAAAUCUACAAUGAAAACAAAAAUGUCACCCUUGU